GGGGCUGAGAGAGCCAGCCAGACUCUACCUGCCUUCCGGGCGGCCAAUCAGGAGCGAGAUGAUGGCGUCACUUCAGGCCCCGCCCCCUCCGGAAGGAAGAGAGAGGAUGAAGUGACGUCUUCUUUGGAGCGGAAGAAGGAAGGAAGGGAAAUGAGGAUUCUAUGGAGCCACCUCUUGAAUGCAGUAAGGAUACAGAUAACAAAGGAAAAAAGAUGAUCCAAGUAUCUGUAUUACAAUUAAACACCCAUAUCACUGUUGACAUGGAGGAGAAAUGCCUAUAUAAAUGCCUGGAAUGUGGAAAGAGUUUUACUCAAAGGGAUCAUCUGCAGCAACAUCUAAGAACUCACACUGGGGAGAAAGCUUAUACAUGCCUGGAGUGUGGAAAGAACUUCACUCAGAGUGCAGAUCUACAUAAACAUCAUAGGACUCACACUGGGGAGAGACCCUAUACAUGCCUGGAGUGUGGACAGAGCUUCUCUCAGAGUGGAACCCUACGUUCACAUCAAAGGACUCACACUGGGGAGAAACCUUAUACAUGCCUCGAGUGUGGAAAGAGCUUCACUCAGAGUACAAGCCUACGUUCACAUCAAAGGACUCACACUGGGGAGAAGCGUUAUACAUGCCUAGAGUGUGGAAAGAGCUUCAUUCAUAGUGCAAGUCUACGUUCACAUCAGAGGACUCACACUGGGGAGAAACCUUAUACAUGCCUGGAGUGUGGAAAGAGCUUCGCUCAGAGUGCACAUCUACUUUCACAUCAGAGGACUCACACUGGGGAGAAACCCUAUCCAUGCCUGAUGUGUGGACAGCGCUUCACUGAGAGUAGAAGUCUACGUUCACAUCAAAGGGUUCACACUGGGGAGAAACCUUAUACAUGCCUGGAGUGUGGAAAGAAUUUCACUCAGACUGCAGAUCUACAUAAACAUCAAAGGACUCACACUGGGGAGAGACCCUAUACAUGCCUGGAGUGUGGAAAGAGCUUCACUGAGAAUGGAAACCUACUUAGACAUCUCAGGACUCACACUGGGGAGAAACCUUAUGUAUGUCUGGAAUGUGGAAACAGCUUCACUCAUAGUUCAGGUCUACGUUCACAUCAAAGGACUCACACUGGGGAGAAGCCCUAUACAUGCCUGGAGUGUGGAAAAAACUUCACUGAGAGUGGAAGUCUACGUUCACAUCUAAGGAUUCACACUGGGGAGAAACCUUAUAAAUGUCUGGAGUGUGGAAAGAGCUUCACUGAGAGUGGAAGUCUACGCUCACAUCAAAGGAUCCACACUGGAGAGAAACCAUAUAAAUGCCUGGAGUGUGGAAAGAGCUUCACUCUAAGUUCAGGUCUACGUUCACAUCAAAGGAUCCACACUGGGGAGAAACCCUAUACUUGCCUGGAAUGUGGACAGAGCUUCACUCAUUGGUCAAGUUUACAUUCACAUCAAAGGACUCACGCUGGCGAGAAAUCCUAUACAUGCCUGGAGUGUGGACAAAGCUUCACUCACAGUUCAAGUUUACGUUCACAUCAAAGGACUCACACUGGGGAGAAACCCUAUAAAUGCCUGGAGUGUGGACAGGGCUUCGCUCAGAGCGGAGAUCUACAUAGACAUCACAGAAUUCACACUGGGGAGAAACCCUAUACAUGCCUGGAGUGUGGAAAAAGCUUCACUCACCGUUCAAAUUUACAGUCACAUCAAAGGAUUCACACUGGGGAGAAACUCUAUGAAUGUAUGAUGUUUGGAAAGAGCUUUUCUGAGAUUUCAAAUCUACAUAGACAUAGAAUUCAUGUUGAAGAGAACAUUGGUAUUUGACCCCCAAGAGAUAGAGCUUUCCAGAUUUUUCAUGUUGGUGACACACUUUUUAGCCAUGCAUCCUUUUGUGACAUGGUAAUUCAGUUCAACUAGCAAGCUGGAGGUUAAACCAACCCCAUAUAAGAUUUUCAAUAUCUAUAUAAUAUAAUAAUACUAUAUAGAGAUAAGUUUCAUACGAGAGAUGAGACUAAGAAAUAGUUUUUAUCACAGAGCUGUAACUAUACUGAACUCCACAGUCUUGCAUUGAUGUGGCAUUGGGGGCUGUGGGGUAGUGGUUGGGGUGUGGAGGGAUGGGUGUGUUGUUUUUGUGGUGUGUGCUGGGAAAAGCAUUUAAUUUUGAUGUACAAUGACAAUAAUGCUAUUCAAUCAUUCUAUAUAGUACUAGCUGUGCUUGGCCAUGUGGUACUGUGGCAAAGUGUGCUGGUAUGGGAAAUAAAGUAUUAAGGAACUUGU